UGCGAAAAACCUAAUGCAAAUUAUUGUGAGAGCUUUGUAAUUUUUAUAAAAGCAGCAACACUUACGCUUCGUUAUUUUGUGCAAAACAAGUUGCAAUGUAAGUGUGUGGCGAAAGGGCUUUUUAGAUUUUUGGACGCGACAAAAUGACACCAUCGGCAGAGAGCACAGAGGCGUAAAGAAAUCCCCACUGGUAGGUUGGGCGUGAAGGUGUGCGCCGCACUUGACAUGUCAAGCGACGUGUGUUUUUGUUUUGGCCAGCGUGCGAGGAGCAUCCCGCCGAUCGCUUGGGUCUAAAAUGUUGGAGCCACGACUCUGCGUGUUGUGUGGGCGCCUUGCCUAUUGUUCCUGAGAGCCGCAGCCUUCCGAAAACGCCGGGGAAGCGCCGACGCGGCCUAUCGGUCGGCCAGCCGGACCGAUUCCAACGGGAGGAUAUCCUGUCUCUUUGAUCGGUCUUGAAGCGAGCGCCGAUAAAUACCGCGAUGCCCGGUAUAAUGACCGUCGACGAGUUUGUCUCCGAAACUCAGGAGGAUUACAACUCGCCGACCACGUCGACUUUCGUCGGCAAGAUGAACCACUGCCGCCAAAGCGUUAAUCUACUUGAAGAGACGCUUGAUUUUGAUCGAGAUGGGCUGACAAAGAUGAAAAAGGCUGUGAAAGCAGUUUACAACAGUGGAAACACUCAUGUCGACAACGAAGUGUACCUUUCAAAGGCUCUCGAAAGGCUGGGUGCCAAUGCAGUCACGAAAGAUCAAGAGCACGACAUUGGUGCUGCAUUUCUCAAGUUCUCAGUGGUUACGAAAGAGCUUUCUGCCCUUAUGAAAACACUGAUGCAAAGCUUACACAAUAUUAUUAUGUUUCCCCUGGAUAACUUGUUAAAAGGCGACUUAAAAGGCGUAAAAGGAGACCUCAAAAGGCCAUUUGACAAGGCAUCUCGAGAUUACGAAGCCAAGUCGUCUAAAAUAGAGAAAGAGAAGAAACAGCAGGCCAAAGAAGCUGGCCUAAUCAGGACGGAGAUAUCACCAGCCGAGAUUGCUGAUGAAAUGGAGAAAGAGAGGAAAAUGUUCCAGCUGCAGAUGUGUGAGUACCUCAUCAAAGUGAAUGAAAUCAAGACCAAGAAAGGAGUGGAACUAUUGCAACACCUAGUUGAGUUCUACCAUGCGCAGAACAACUUCUUUCAGGAUGGGCUCAAGACAAUUGGUCACUUCAACAACUACAUCAUAGAACUGUCUAGCAAGCUGCAAAAGGUCAGGCAGAAGCAGGAUGAGGAGCGGAAGAAACUCAUUGAGCUUCGAAACACGCUAAGGAGUUCACCCUCCCUGGAUAUCAAAGAUGUUAGCUCGAUUGGCUACAGCUUACACCAGCCACAGGGGAACCAACAUUAUGGCUAUACGAAGGUUGGCUACUUACUUAAGAAGUCUGAUGGUAAAAUGCGCCGUGUCUGGCAGAAAAGGAAGUGUGAAGUGAGAGAUGGUUAUUUGUACAUAUCGCACUCUGAUGAAACAAAACCUCCUACUAAGCUCAACCUUCUUACAUGCCAAGUGAAGAGCCUACAAGAAGAAAAGCGUUCCUUUGACUUAAUUUCCUAUAACCGAACAUACCACUUUCAAGCUGAUGAUGACUCAGAAAUGGAAGCGUGGAAAGCAGUGCUGGUCAACUGCAAAGAAGGAGCCCUUCGCAAGGCAUUCACAGAACCAGGGCAGGCUGGCGGUGGCACGGGAAAUCAGAGUCUGCUGGAGUUUCAGCAGUCCAUCAUAAGACAGGUGCAGCAGUUACCUGGCAAUGACCGCUGCUGCGACUGCAACUCAACAAAAGAUCCAACAUGGUUGUCUACAAACUUUGGAAUUUUGACCUGCAUUGAGUGUUCAGGAGUACACAGAGAGCUUGGCGUGCACAUUUCGAGAAUACAGUCGCUUACACUCGACAACCUAGGAACAUCACAACUCUUGCUGGCAAGGGUAAUGACAAACAACGGUUUCAAUGAAACAAUGGAGGCAACCAUGACACCAUCCAGAAAACCCACCCCUACAAGUGCGAUGGAGGAGCGGUGUGAAUUCAUUCGGGCAAAGUACGUAGACCACAAGUUUGCUGUGCGGACCUGCUCAGAUGAGAAUGAUCUUCUGCACGACUUGGAGCAUGCUGUCACAGCCAGGCACCUCUAUCAGCUUCUACAGGCCUUUGCAGAAGGGGCCAUUCUCACAGCAGUGCUUCCAAAUUACCAAAAUACGGCAGACACUGCGCUUCAUGUGGCUGUUGCCCAAGAAGAUGGCACCUCCCUUCACAUUGUGGACUUUUUGGUUCAAAAUAGCCCCUGCCUGGAUGUCCACAACAAGGCAGGCAACACUCCUGUGCACACUGCGGUGCUGCACAACCAGACUGAGUGCAUCAAGUUGCUGCUUCGAAGUGGGGCUGCUGUUGAUGUCAAGAAUGCAGACAACAAGACCCCGCUUGGCCUGGCCAAAGAAAGAGGUUACCACACUUGCCUCGAGCUGAUUGAGCAUGCACUGCAGAACAAGAAAACGCUUUUCGAGAAUGUCAACAUUGACUGGGGUCUGACGCAAGAUGAUGGGUCAACAGACUUCAGCGAUGAUGACUAUCCAGAAGAUCGCCUCACAUCAGACUGGAAAAGGUCCCGGCCUUCGAGCGUCAUCAGCAACGAGUCGACACGCCCGGAAUCUGCAAGUCCCCAGCCUUGUCCCAGGCCACCACCCCCUCCACCUCAGAAUCGCAAGCCAGUUAUUCCAGGUCUCAAUGCACAUGGCUCCAUGAAGAAACGUGCAGCCCCGCUGCCACCACCCUCGACAAGCCUGCAGUCGUCUAGUCAUUCGCGCACUCCCUCCGACCCAUGUUUCUCUCAAAGUGCCCUUGGUCUAGUGCACAAGCGAAACCCUUCUGUGGACCUCGCCUCCAGCUCUUCAAUUGAUUCCUCCUUUGAUCAAGCCAGCUCAUCGAACCCCUCCACUCUUGGGUCAAGUUCCUCCCGGCAGAACCUGUCCCAGGGAUCAGAUGUGCUGAAAGGAACGGAGGAGCGGCCCAACUACAGCACCUUGCAGCGACCCAAGUGCCCUCCACCUCCGGCUCCAGGGCCUACUGCAACAUCGGCUGCCUGCAACAGCGUCAGCAGUGGGGACCCUGUUGGCAGCAGCAAUGGCCGUCUGCUGGAUGCGGCCUUGCUGUCGAGUGGGAGUGGUGCAGCUGCUGCAGAGGUGCCCGUGCCACCGCCACGGAAGGUGGGCCACGCCCUUGUUCACCUUUGGUACACUGGACUCUGUCCCAGGCCCUCUGCUGCCAAGAUGCCCCCUGCAAGAAAACCUGCGGACGGUCAGGGUGAUCAGCAGUGCCCCAGUGAACGCAUCGCUACAAAAGUGAGACGCCGGUGUCGUGCGCUCUAUGACUGCUGUGCUGACCAGCAAGACGAGCUGUCAUUCAGCGAAGGUGAAAUCAUUGUCAUCAUCAGCGAGAUCACAGAGGAUGACCAAUGGAUGGAAGGAAUGAUUGAGGGGGAACCACAGCGUAGGGGAGUUUUCCCAACCAGUUUUGUUCAUAUGCUGUCAGAUUAGUGAAAGGCAUUCACACGCCUCUCGAGUGAGAUUAGCACUGUUGCUUUUUGUCGUGCUCUUUGGAGCGCUGGCUAUCUGUGCUUGCAUAUAGUCUUUAGUAACUUCUAUUAUCCGGUCUAGAGAUGAACUGGUAACAGUUUUGAUUCACCUUUAUCGUUAUUUCCUUUGUUUUGUUUUGUUUUUUUUCACUUUCAGCAGGUUCAUUGAAAUCUUAUCUUUGGAAGAUUCCGCUGAUUGUUUUGGAGGAACUAAAUGAAUCCUCAAGUGAGCGUUCAGGUCAUGGCCAGGUUUUGCAAAUUCAAAUCUGCCAGACAAAAACAAAAUGUCCUGUGCUGGGUCCAUGCCUCGAUGACAAAGCAAAAGAGUAAUUUGAUCUGAAACGACUGUGGAAAACAAAUUCUACAUAACCUGCUCCCUUUUGUCUCAUUACCAAUGAACUGGACCUUUUGCCAAAGGCACACACUUGUUUCUACCAUUUUUGUAAUUGCGAAAGAGUUUUCACAUUAUAAACACGCCGAUGCUUAUGUAAGCUCCAUCUUUUCUAUACUUGAAGUUGAUUCAUGGUUUUAAAACUUCCAAGUGUGGCCAUUUCAGUUUGGAGGUCUGCCCUUGCGAUGGACACUUUCUUUGACCACCUUUUUAAGCUGUGUUGCCAACUUUAGUGCAAAACAUUUCAAGGAUUCGCUUUGUACUGAAUUAAUUGCUUCACAUCUGUCAAUAUUUUUAUGACUUACUGCAGCCUUCUUAAUUUCCUUUGUUAAUGCAGCCCUGAGUAUGUGAGGCACACAAGUUGCCUUGACAUGCCAUCAUGUCAAGGCAGGUAAAAAGAAUUAACAGUGCUUUGCUUUCAGUCACAGUUCAGUGGUGUAAGUCAGGGCCACACAAGAAACAAGAAGUUGGCCUCUGCAUGGGCAUAGCUCCCCUGGAAUGUGGCAAACACUGCACAGUCUAUGGCACAAGGUUGAGGACCCUGCAAGUGCUUGCAUCUCUGUGCCUUCUGCUGGCUGCUGUCAAAAGCUGAGCUUGUAACGGAAGUGCUUUCUUUUGUGCUAAUGUCAAUUUUUUUCCCACAACUUGGCUGUUUUUCUAUUUGUGUUGUCACAGUUAAACUUUCACUUCGGCAGCCAGAACUGGGUGUUUCUGGAGCUCAUUGCACGAAGCAGUAUAAGCCCAGCAGCACUUAGCUCUUGCCUCUUCCAGCUAUAAUGCUGCUGCCAUUGUGCCAUCUGCCACAUGAUUCGUGUAACAGAAAAAAGUCAGGCGGUGUGAAAGUACAGACAUCUCUGCAAGCACAAAAAGAAAAAAAACUUCCAUCCACAAGCUCUGUUCUCAACAGCAGCUGUUACAUCUAUAAAAGGCACGGGGGUAGUUUGUAAAACACUUGCUUUUCCUGCAAACUAUUGCUACCAGCUGUACGUUGUAAGGUGUGUUUUGAUUUAAUUUGAGCUGUGAAUGACAUCUUCGCCUCUUCCAUGAAAAGCCAAAACAAACAUGCCGACUUUACUAUUUAGUGUCUUCCAUAUGCACAGUGUAGUACUAUUUGUCACUACACGCACACACACACACACACACAAUUCCCUGUGGCUGAACAUGUGAUCCAAAGUAGUAAGCUAUAAAAUGGCUUUGCUUUGCCCUUCUGCCCGCUUUCCUGGUGUCUGUCACAGUUGAUGGAGAUUUUGUGAAAUGACUUCAACUUUUAUUGCACAAUUCAUUAGGCUCAUAUAUUGCAUUUGUAAUUCCAGAAAACCAUUAUCAUAGUCUUUUAAACUGUUGCAUGUUUUCAAUGUUUUUAGGUUGUUAUAUGUCUUGACAUCAUGACACAUUUGCUAUCUGGCUUGUGUAAUGAUGAGAGUAUCUAUUAGCAACAGUGGCAAUGGUUAAAGAACAAAACAAAAAAAAACUUAUGUUUCAAUGUGUACAUCUGGUAAACUUUGAAAAUUGUGUGUUCUGCCAUCAUGAAAAUUUUCUCAAUUAUUUUAUAUCAGAAAUUGCUAGGAAGCAUCUGUCUUAAUUACUUGCACACUUUGUAUCCUGAAGUCAGAAGUAUCUUCCGAUAAAUAAGCAGUUUUUACAGUCUUUGCCAUUUGGAGCUCAGUCCCUUAUGUUGUACACACAGUAGUCUUCGAUACAGUAAUGGUAAUAACAAAACUGGGCUAGUGCUGGCCACAAUCUCGCCAUGUUAUAGGAACAGCUUCUGCACAUACGUUGCAUAAAACAGCGCAUGUUUCUGUGCCAACAACACACAACAUUCAAGAACAGUAGCAAAGAACAAAGCAUAAUGUACAUAGUGUUGGCAUAAAGUAGUAUAAAAGAACAUUUUAUUAUAGCGGUACUAUGAAUAUAAACUGCUCAAGCACAUGAUGGUUAGUCAGAUACUUGUACAGGGUGUUUCCAGAGAACUAGGUGUUGUGACAAUUUUUUGUGCUCUUCAUUCUACUUUCAUGCCUGGCUCCCUUUUUUUGUCACGUUCACUGCCUUCGUGCACAUAGAAGUGUUGCUCCACUUUCUAAAACAGAGUUUAGUGCAUUCAUCCUUUAGCUAACUGUCAGCAUGUGCAACAAGCAUCGCUUAAAUCAGCAUGCAAGACCAACUUUGUGCUUGUUUUCACAUCAGCGGCUUAGGCCCAGAAAGUUGUGGUUUUCAUCAGUGAAACAAAAAAAUCUGUCGGUUGCAAGAUUGCCAUUUUCAUAUUGUUUUCGAGCUUUUAUGCUCUCUAUGCUUCCUUUACAAUUUUUCGAAUAGUUAAAAAAUUUUCUUUUUUUUCCUUAGCACUGUGAAUCAGCUCACGCUUUUAUCAGUGAGCUUUUACUCCAGACUAUGUACAGCCAGCAUAUUUGUCAAACUAAACAGUGACGUUUGUGCAAUUGUACUUUGGAAGGUUGCAUACAAGCAGUGCUGUUUGAACAUGUUGAAGAUAUUUGUUAUUCAUCCUCCUAUUGCUUCACAAAACAUUUGGAAGUUGCAAAAAGGCAGAAGGAAAGACAGCUCUAGUGAUUGCUUGAUGUACUUCUUUCCACACAGUAGUGUAGUUCCCUGUAAGCUCUAUGUCAAACUGUGAGCUCUGAAAUUGGUAUUAUUUAUUGCCAUUACUCACUUUGUAAAGCAAGGCCGUGAAUACAAAUUUGAGUUUUUGGAGUUUUGCUGUAGGAAGCAUUAUUGAGUUGCUUUUUCUUUUUCAUCAUAGGUGCAUGUGUCGUAUCCUUGCUACUUGUUUCAAACAUACCAAAAAUAAGCUUUAAACUAGCUCAGUUCUUGCUGUUAAGAAUGAGCACUAUUAAGCUUUCAGGCCGCUAACCAAGUUCAUCCUUACAAUGUUUUCAAUUCCUACAGGAAUAACACACCGUUGUCUCCAAUUGUAGUGCAAGUGAUGACUUGUUAAAAACUGUGAUGCAAGUACAAGUAUGAAACAUUCUAGUCUGAACAAAGAUAAAGAUGUAUGUGGCAUGUUGUUUUACUCUUUCCUGCACAGUCUCUCACAUACAUGCAUGCACACACAUACACAUAUAGUAUAUAUAUAUGUAUAUCAUACAAUGCUACUGCCAAACUGAUUUUAUAUAUGCAGAAUUUGUGAGGACUUCUUGUAUAUAGAGACACUGUGUUGCCUCCCGUGUGAGAGCAUUUACCACGCCUAUAGGUUUGCACUUUUUCACUGCAAGGCGUUUGUACACUGACAUGUUUGAUGUCGCUUCGGUCAGCAGCUGUGCAACGUCUGCAUUUUCCCACUGCUUCAGGGAGCUGUUGCUGCGGCAUCAAGCCGCAGUCCUGUGUUUAUGUAAUUCUACUUGCCACGUGAAUCUGGUCCUUGAAACAUCACAAGCCACGCAGAGACACUUUUGCUUUUUAUUUCUACCCCUGCUGAAUGUUAGUGUAAGUGUGCCAUUUGAGCUAUGCUGUGUAAUUGUGAAUUUACAAUAAAUUUGGUAAAAG